AUGGCAAGAAAACUCAUUGGUAGCAUCCCAAUAUUUGUUGGCUCCAUCAUCAUCCUUUUCACCAUGGCAAGAGCACAAUCGCUAAACUACAUGGGUGUUGACUGUCUUAACUCAACAACAAAAGAGCAAACCCUAACCCUAACCCUAACAUUCCAAACAAACCUUAACAAAACCCUCUCGUGGCUCUCUUCUGAUGCUGCCACAAGCAAGGGUUACAACCACAUCACCACAGGAAAUGGCAGCACAGUGGCUGAUGAUGCUGUGUAUGGCCUCUAUGACUGCAGGGGUGAUGUCACAGGACCCUUCUGCCAGUUCUGUGUCUCCACUGCAGCCUCAGAGAUUGUCCGGCAAUGCCCUAACAGAUCUUCUGCUGUGAUAUGGUACAACUUCUGCAUUCUGAGGUACUCAAACCACAACUUCAUUGGGAACCUCACCACAACCCCAUCAUGGGAAAUUCUGGGGACCAAGAACACCACUCACCCAGAAGAGCUUCAGCAAGCUGAGGGCUACAUGCAAAGCUUGAAGAGACAAGCCACUGCGGAGAGCAACAAGUUGUAUGCAAUGGGGGGGUUCAAUUUGAGUGAUGGAGAGCAAAGGUAUGGGUUGGUUCAGUGCAGCAGGGACCUCACCAAUGAUGAGUGCAGCCAGUGUGUGCAAGCCAUGAUAGACAAAGUUCCUCAGUGUUGUAGCUCAGUCAUAGGAUGGCAGGUUCUGGCUCCAAGUUGCCUUAUAAAGUAUGAUGAUUUUAUGUUCUACCAGCUUACAGAUCAAACAUCUUCUCCUUUGCCUAAUUCAGGUACAUGA